CUCCAUCGGUUUAGUUUCAUCCGCUGUAGAAGCGUACCUGAUCGAUCUAACGUAUGCCGAAUCGUGCCGAAAUUGGAAAUCCCGUCGGGUGGUUUGUGGAAAAUAAUCUCUCGCAACGUUCCCCAGAGUGCCGUCCGCAGGCUGGGUGGUGUGAAGCUGCCGUGGAAACGGGUUCCGGUACAUUUGUGGCAUAUUUCAAGUGUCCGUGACGCGAGCCCAGCGCGGAACUGAGCCGGGCAUGUGUUAGUGAGUUAACAGCCGAAUUGUACGACACUCAAUUUGAUUACUUUUUAUUAUGAUAAUCAUUACACAAACAGUCAAUUGAGUGAACGCAUUAAGGCUGACGAUGGAGACGAUACGAUGGGCGGUGGUUGGUUCGUGGGUCGGUUGAACGCUGAAAGGAUAUUGUCAACCCUACGCGCGACUGUUGCAAUUCUUGAGCGAGUCAUUAUCGUCUGGUGUGCCGCACGGGUCGGAUCAACCUCUGGGAUUUGCUCCUGAGUGCAGUUGUGGUUAACAGUGGAGUAAAGUUGCAUGACUAGUGCAUGGUGGAAAAGUUUUUUGGCUCAUCUCAAAAACUGAAAAGAAGAAGAAACAGAGAAAAAAGAAGAAUUGCUAUAGACAUCCGGGCAGUGAAACAGGUGUUACCGGAACUAAGGUGUGGAGCUAUAAAUAUAUGACAAAAAGUUCGCAGUGUCUCGGCGGAUACAAGGGCCGACAACGCUCAUAUGGAUAUACUAUUUAUGAUUUGGUGCAAGCAUGUGUGAACUUUUAGUGUGAAAACUUUAUCGUCUGAUAUUAUUUUCUACAAGUGAAAUGAGCAAGUGUUGAACUCAAACUUCGGGGUCGCGAAUUGCGUAACACAAUGGAACAGCUGGCGCAUUUCGUUACCAAAUCCUUCGAGUAUAACAACAGCCGUGUACUGGAUAUUCUCAACAUGACUGCCGGCAGUCGGUUGAGCGAAGACUUUCUCAGUCGCAGUAACGAUCCGGAUCUAAUGUCGAACAACAGUAGCAGUGCGAGUAUCUGUGAGAAUGGUGAUCUGGAGGAGGAAAUCCAGGGUCAUGCUGUCGAUCAGCGGAAUCAUACCGCAAGUGUUCGUCAUUCAAACGAUGAAGAGGACAAUGAUGACGAGGAAUCUAUUGAUGUGGAAAUAACAGACCUGUCUUACAGUACGGGUUCUGGGGUAAAUGGCAACUGUGUGCAGAGUGAUAAAAUAAAAACAACAGCCACUUCACCGUCGAUGGUGGAGAGCAAGUAUAGUGCUACUAAUUAUGAUAAUAAUAACGACGUGGUAGUCAGUAAUCGGAACGAGAGUAGUGUAAUAAAAAAAUAUGACAAUAAUAUAAGUGAGCGCGAAAAAUCGGCGGAGUUGGAAUACGGAAACCCUCCUACUAGAACACCAAUUAGUAAGAAGCAUGAACCAAAAAAUUGGCUGAUUGCGGACUUAGUCGAAGAAACGUAUGAUAGGAGAGAAAAAUCGAAACAAGAUGUUGCCUUAAAUUUGGUUCGAUCCGAGAGCGAACCCAACUACAAGACAGUCGAGUCUAACGCGGUGGUUCGACCGAAGCCUGCCUCCGAACUGCUGAAGCAAAGCGUAGACCUAAUCAACGGCCAUGGGUAUCCUCCGCUGCCGGUCGCUCCUGUAGCACCUGCCACCGAAAGCAACACCCAUCACACCCACAGCACCAACACCGACAACGAUUCCGACACAGACAAGCUAGACGACCACCAGGAUCAGGAUUCGAACGAACCGACCAGCAACGGUGUUCCCGAGGAGAAGCUAAAAUCUUCACCAGCACCGCCGGACUCGUUGCUCGGUGGGCACGGACUGUCCAGUUUGGCCAACAAUAAGCAGAGACGAUCUCGAACCAACUUCACGCUGGAACAACUGAACGAACUGGAACGGCUGUUCGAGGAAACCCACUAUCCGGAUGCGUUCAUGAGGGAAGAGCUUAGCCAGCGGCUGGGACUGAGCGAGGCGAGGGUUCAAGUUUGGUUCCAGAAUCGACGUGCAAAGUGUCGGAAACACGAAAAUCAGCUACACAAAGGUAUCAUCCUAUCAAGCCACAGCCCACCGGUGACAACCCCACUGGAACCGUGCCGGAUAGCACCGUACGUAAACGUUCCAUCGCUACGAGGAAACGUGGGAUCAGCGGCAGCCGGAGUCACGCCUCCAACCGGAGUCAACACAGGCAGCACACAUCCUGGAUUCCCCGGUGCAGCCUUCUCCGCUUUUGACACAGCAUUUAUAUCCGCAGCAGCACAUCGGUACGCGGCUGCGCUGUCCUCCGGAACGGUACCAGCGGGUCUGUUCUCGCUCUCCCAGUAUCGACCCGCGACGAGUGGGCUGGCAGCAGUAGCAGCUGCGGCCGCGGCCACUGCGUCCCUGCCCGGGUUUACCGUUGCGCACGAUAAAAACUCCAGCAUCGUCGACCUGCGACUGAAGGCAGAGAAGCACAAGGAAAAUCAGAAGAAAAUUGUGAAUAAUGUGUCGUAAGGGUACAGGAUUCAUCACUCAUCGCGUCGCAACGAGCUUUUGUCGCGAUGUGUAUGUAAUUUUUUAAUUAUUUAUUGUUUUGUGUCUGUUGGCAAGGUAAUUAUUUAUUUUUCGACAUUUCCAUGAAGUUUAAUUAGGCUCCAAUGCAUUCUUUUUCGCAUUCGAAAUUCCCUAUAAUGGAGGAUAUAGAAUGCUCCAAAGUUGUGAACCGGGGUAUCAUUGAUGAUUUACAGUUUAAUUGAGUUGCUUGCUUGCCGUAGCGUGCACAAAUGCUUGCGUGUUUAUGUUAAUGAGAACUAAUAAGUAUGAUAAAAUAAUUAUUUUGUAUGAGAUUUUUGAACUUUCAAAUACAACAACGAAUGUUUUCAUAAACUACCAUAGAACUAGUCAUAAACAUUGUAAAGUGUUUAAUAAAAGAAGUAGAAGUAUAAUUUCAAACUGCCCUAUCAUAAUUUUAGUUAUAACAUAUAACAUAAUAUAUACCUCCGUUGCAGUGAAAAUCUUUGAUACUCCGUUUUACAGAAAAAGAAAAACAAAUAAUCAACAAUGACACGUAACGUAACACAGAACACAUUGUGUAAUACUACUAUAAGUCAAAAGAGUAGAUUGUAAUAAAUUUGA